UGAUGAUCUGACAGACAAAGCAAAUGCUUCAAACCAUACAGAAGAAAAAAUAAUAUCAAGAAGAAAUAGCAGAAGGUCCACGUGGAGGAAGGUGAGAAAAUCGAUGGAUAAACGUAGGAAAGCCUAUAGAAGAAAAAAGCUUUGGCUAUGGCGAAAGAGCAGAACCAGAAAGCUGAAGAAAACCCAUCUUGUGAUCCCGAGAGCGAAAGCACCAGUGACAAAACGGAGGCUCAGACGCCUGACAGCGCUGAAGAUGAAAGCCAAAAAACUGAACCAAACACUGAGGCCAAAGAAAGCCAGAAAGUUUGUGAGAAUAGUGACAGACCUUCCGAUGUGCAAAGUGAAGAUGACUCAAAUCAAUAUUAUCGGCCAAAAAAAAUGCAAAGAGUGCAAAGAAAUAGGUCAUUGCAGUCCACUCCCAAUAGUGGAACCGGGCUUGAUGCAAAAGAAACAGACAAACCAAGUACUGAUCAGGAGCAAAACAUCCAAGCAAGGCCAAAGGAGCUAACUGGCGAAGGGCAACCCGCAGCAGCUGAGGGACCUGAAGUUAGUGCUGAUGGUCCAGGGACAAUGGAACAUGAACAAGACGCAACUUAUUCCGCUUCAAGUAGUGUAAAGUCCGAUCUGGAAAUGGAUAAUUCUGAGAGAACUAGUGAUGGUGAUAGCACAAAAAGUGAACAAGGAGAUAGUGUAGGGGGCCCUGCAGUCCCCCAUGAUCCGGAGUUCGAAAAGGUCUGGGGGAAAGAGAGAAAACUGCGGAUAAGGCGAAUGAAAAGAGCGGCUUUGAAGGCGAAUGUGCGUUGCCAAGACAAAUCUCAGGACAAUUCACCUGCUGUAAGUGUAGACACUAAGAAUGGCCAGGAUACCGCGGUUCCAGAUGAAUCAUCUCCUUCGAAGGAAAAAACGUCUAGUGAGGAAGAAAAGACAAAAAAGAAACGAGGCAGGAGGAAGAAAGAGGAAGGAGGCUCAGAUUCGGACACAAGUUCUCUUUCUGAAGGUGGCGCAGGUCGAGCCACCGCUAUCCAGGAGGCGCAGCAGCGUCGAGAGGUCCUGCACGAAGAGGAGCGAGGGAGACGUCUCGCGCAGGAGAUCAAAGGAUUCAACUGGCUGGAGCAGAAAAUCAAGAGUCGAGUCCUUGCCACCUCAGGAUCCACUUCCUCCACCUCUUCCACUUCCUCUACCUCCUCUUCUUCCUCCUCUUCCACCUCUUCCUCUUCCUCCUCCUCCGCCUCCUGCUCCGCCUCCGAUCCCACCACACCCACCACGCCCACGGCCCGGCGGAGGCCCCUCUUCGUGACGAGGAGCGCCAGCCUGCCCGCGUGCAAGACCUCGGGGCACGCCUCCUCCUCCUCCUCGCCCGUCUCCCCCUCGGCGGCCAAGAGGAAGGAGGUCGAGAGCAGGAGAAUGUCCUUGUGCGGACCCGUUGGACUGCGAGGCCACCUUCAGACUGCUGUUCCGCCCCUGGGACCUGGACCCCGUGUCACAGCGGUACCAAAGCGCCGUUUGUCACCGACUGAACCUGCAACCUCAACGGCGUCGCAGGAGAGCACUCCUUCAGCUUCGGAAGCCAGUCCAUCCCCUAUCCCCAUCACAAAUGAAAACGUGAGCGUCACAUCGGUCUACGACAACCGAAGCUACCUCACUCCGACAGGAUACUACCCGACGGAGCCCAACAGAGCUGUCUUGUACAGUCGAGCGGACUACACAACGGCUACACUGUAUGGUGUGCCUAUUCCCAGCGUGCCGCCACUCUAUUACGACCAUCCUCCCCCUGCGUCUGGAUCGUUCUACAGAGACACGACCUCAAGCCAGACCAGCAGCAGUUUUUAUGGCUCCACGAAUACCACACCACCACUUAUGUCGUCCAUCCAGAGUGUAAAAUCUCCGAACUCCCCUCCGCCUGCCCCUCCGGGUUCCUCAGCUCAGCAAGUUGGCUCUAGUUCUGCCGUAUCCAAGUCCUCGUCAGGGCACAUAACAGAUUCCUCUCCUGGUUCCUUUUUGUCGUUGGUUUGUGACGAUGUUGAGAGUCCUGUUCUUUCGUCCUCUGUUGGCUGUAAAGAGAGCAUGCGUUCUGUCGGGCCCUGUGUUAUUCUGUCGCCUGGAAAUCCUCCCUGUUCAUCCACUGUCUUGGAUGAGGGCCCAGCUGGUCUCCAAAGAGCAAGCAGUAUUACUUCGAAUACUUCCUCGUCGCCAGCAACAAGCCCUGGCUUAAUAUUCUCACACAAGCACGCCCUCCUCAAGCGAGCCAUAAGCGACAUGCUGAGGAGCGACUCGGAAAAUUCGGAAGAAUCCUCAAAGCAGGAUGAAACAACGCCAAAAUACACGAGCAACACAGAACCACCGGAAAAACUCAGUAAACACGAAGAUAGUGAGGGCCAGCCUAACGUAGAAUCGUCCAUAACUGAGAUUGAUCUUGCUUCGCCAAAAAGUGAUCCCUCUCCAUCUGCACACAGCAAAAGUGUGAUCAAGAAUGCGGGGAACAUAAAAAAGGAGAAAGUAAACAUACCUGAGGAACCACAAGGAUUCAUCAGCCUCAUUUCGCCGAAAGAGAGCGAAGAAUCCAAAGAAGAGGACGUGAAGCCAGUGAUGAGUGAAGCUAAUAACAGAGAACUCCAAAUGCUUCAAGAGUUACCAGAGACGGUGAGGCAUAAGGUAAUGAAAUCUAUGAGUGAAAGCGGCUGCAAAUUUGAUGAGAUGAAAGUGGAUGCAAAACCGUCCGAAUCAGUGGAGGAAAAGUAUGGACGUGGAGAUAUGCAGUCAUCGUUACUUACGGCACUAUAUGAAGAGUUGAUGAAAACGAGACAGGAAGUCGAAAAGCUGAGGAAAGUCCAAGAACUUAUGUUGACAGAAAAAGAAGAUAAAAAGGACGAUUGUAAAGGGGAAAUGAUACAAGUGGAAAAAGAUAGCUCAACCCCAGAAAAGAAAGUUGGAAAGAGAAAGUAUUUAGAACUCACAAAGGAUGGUGAUGUGUCUGAGGAAAGUAAGUCUGUCUUACAACCGGAAGUUAAAGUGGCAAAAAUUGGCAUCAGGAGUGAUCUUUCGGAGGAUUCUGCAAAAAGAUCUCAAACUCCAGUUAGUAGUACCUCCAGGAACUUUGCAGGUUUUACAUCGCCUCCUACUGUCAUAAGUAGUCCUUCAGAAGUGGCAAGUCAUUCUUCAUAUGAUAGAAUCAGCUCACUUGUUUCAAGUCCAACAGUAACUCAUACUAUUCCUAUCCCAAGCAGUGUGAUCACUACUCUUGUACAGUCUGGUAUAAGUCUAUCAAGCACAAGUCCUAACUUAGCUAAAAUUAGCAGUCAGAUUGAAAUAACAAGUUUGCCUGCACUAUCAACUAGCCCCAUUGUACUGCAAUCUUCUUUGCUUCCAAGGACUAGUCCAGUAUUGCCACAGACAAGUCCAGUAUUACCCAGGGCAAGUCCUGGACUGUCAAGGACAAGUCCACCAAGCUCUAGAACAAGUCCCGCAGUUUCAAGAAUAAGUCCAUCAUUGUCAAGAAUUAGUCCAUCGUUAUCUAGAACCAGUCCAUCGUUACCACGAACUAGUCCAUCAUUACCUAGAACUAGUCCUUCUUUACCAAGAACGAGCCCUGGAUUAAUAAGAACAAGUCCUGCUACAAGUAGUGCAAAAGAGAGAUUACCAGCAGACCUUGGGGCUAACAAGUUGCGAGCACUGUUUGGUACUAAUUCGGAAGUAGAAGUGAUGCCCAUAACUCCAGGAGAAAAAGGUAGCUCAUAUGAACCACAGCAGUCAAGCUUUCUGAGGCUGUUAGACGAGCCACAGCUGCAUCAGCAGGAAUCGUCACUUUUACUUAGUGCUGUUCGGGGUCAGCGACGGGAAGUGGAGAUUACUGCAUCACGUGAUGGAACUGUGUUCCGUCAACCUCAUGAGGAUAGACGCCCACAUCAGGCACAGCAACAUGAAGUUGAAAGGAAAAAAACUCAUUACUCAACAUCAGACCUUCCAGAGUUUCCACCAACACAUAAACCACCUCCUCCACUCAAACCUGUACCUUCAGUUUUAAGAAGACAUUCAGAAAGCCAUGACCCUCGAGACCCAAUGCUUCAUCGGCUCAUGUAUCCAAAUAAUCAUUCUAGUCCUGCUACUGCCUACGACAAGCUCUUUGCCGAUUGACCAUCAUACAGCAGCUUCAAUGUACUCUUUUGCUCAGCCAAAGUCCAGCCCUACACAGCAUCCACCACCAAUUCAGAGUGGCCGGAGAAGUAGUGAAGGUAGUUCUGAUAUGGCAAGAGAACACCAGCAUGC